AUGUCUUCCACCGAACUAAACCCAUACGCUCCAUUUUACGCCCCCUUCUUUGGAUUCGCUGGCUGUGCUGCAGCAAUGGUCCUAUCCAACGUCGGUGCCGCUAUUGGAACAGCCAAGUCGGGGAUCGGUAUUUCAGGUAUAGGUACUUUCAAACCGGAAUUGAUCAUGAAAUCUUUGAUUCCAGUGGUCAUGAGUGGUAUCUUGGCCAUUUACGGACUGGUCGUUGCCGUGUUGAUAGCGGGGAAUUUGUCGCCCACAGAGGAUUAUACAUUGUUCAAUGGGUUUAUGCAUUUGAGUUGUGGGCUGUGUGUGGGAUUCGCUUGCUUGAGUAGUGGGUAUGCUAUUGGGAUCGUUGGGGAUGUUGGAGUGAGGAAAUAUAUGCACCAACCUAGAUUGUUUGUUGGGAUCGUCUUGAUACUUAUUUUCUCCGAAGUUUUGGGACUAUAUGGAAUGAUUAUUGCAUUGAUUAUGAAUACGAGAGGUUCGGAGUAA